CCUAACUCUUGAGCUAGGCCACCUGUAAACUGUCUACUGAUACACAGACACACAACCUGGGACUCAUUCCAGGGCUUCGACUGUUUGACGCUUUGACGUCUACCGAUCGACGGAACUCAGGAAGGAGCAAUUAGUAACGCCGAAUCGCUGACGCGGACCGCCUACCUGCUACCGCCGACGCUUGGCCGCCCUGCCCCUUCUCGGCUUCUGGCCCUCCUCAGAAAUCGGCUUCUCAGUCCUCGCCAAGCCUUCAGGAAUUGGGAAUCUGGAAAUGCAGGUAAUUAACAAAGAUGCCCUGCUAUUUGUUGCAUAUGAAAUAAAGUUUAUCUGGAUACCCUUCCAAGUUCCAAGCUAAACUAGAGGGAUUCGGAUAUCGUCCGUAUGGCAAAGUGCCUUGCAGCAAUCAACAGUAGGAUGGCAAGGAAGAUGUGAUACGUGAAAAAGGUGUACUCCAAGAUCUCAGACUGUUGAUUUUUAGAUCAGACAUUUAAAAAAGUCAUGCACCCUAUGCUGCUAAAGAAGACGAAUCCCUUUUUAGUUAACGGGGAUGGCCGGAUGGGUUAAAGUGAGAGAGCAUAUCAGAGCCCUUCCCUUAUCAAUAAAGUUUGUAGCUAGUCAUAAGAAAAAAAUCAAAUUACACUCCUUAUUUGGUGAAGGGAACUACCAAUUUAAACAAAAACCUUGUUACAGCUAGAUAUGGCACUGUCUAAGAUCUUAAACCGAAAGCUUCUCCGCCACUAUCCUUCCUUAUCAGCUUCCUACUCCUUCGAACAGUUGCACGGUUCCGAUGACUGCCAGCGGUGGAAGCACCAUAUUCUCCUUCCAUUGGUACGGCCCCCAUCUGCGCUGUCUUUGUUUUCUGGAUCAAAGCAAUUUCUAGUUCCUUUGGGUGUUCAUUCAUUCUCCCGUUCUUUCUCCACUCAUAAAUCCAGUUCUAUCGAAGGAUAUACACUUCAAGAUGGAGAAUUUAACCACACUGAACCUGCUUCUCCGGCUGACCUGAUUCUUCCAGGCGACGUAGCCUGUGACGGGGAAGUGGUAGAAUCGAUUCUUCCGGUUUCGGCUCUGUCUUCAUUGCUAGAUGGCUACCACGUCUUCACGGGAUUGCCUUGGUGGUUUGUUAUUGCUUCUGGAACAUUGGCAAUGAGGCUUUUGCUAUUUCCACUUGUAGUAUUGCAACUCCGCAAGUUGGCGAGGAUCAGUGAGCUACUACCUAAGCUGCCUCCUCCUUUCCCACCACGUAAGUCACGAAGGACAUUCACAGACCAAUUCAAACUUUUCUUCAAAGAGAAGCGAGCAGCAGGUUGCCCCUCACUUUUAUGGUUCAUCUCGUCAUUUUCUAUACAAGUUCCCUGCUUUUUCCUAUGGAUUACAACUAUAAGAAGAAUGUCACUCGAGCAUCAUGAUGGAUUUGAUGUUGGAGGAACUCUGUGGUUUCAGAAUUUGACUGAAGUGCCAAAUGGCACUUUGGGCCCCAUAUUACCCUUACUGAUUGCUGGACUGCAUUUCACUAAUGUUCAGGUUUCCUUUCAGAGUUCAUCACUUAUGAAAACCAGUGGCCCUUUUGCUUUGUUAGCCAAGUACUACAAGCAAUACUUGGAGAUUCUGUCCCUCCCAAUACUGUUCAUUUCAUUCAAUUUGCCCCAGGGGAGUUUAGUGUACUGGCUUUUCAAUAGUAUAUCAAGUCUCCUUCAACAAAUUUCUCUUAGGCAUCCUGUGGUUCGUAAGAAAUUAGGACUACCAGAUAAGGAGGUUGCUGCCUUGGCAAAACAAAACAACGUAGACUGCUCAAAGGAAGAGGUGAUGAAUACUUCAAAUGAAUCACAAGAGAUGGAAAAUUAUGUCAUAAAUCCAGAUGUAAUUUCACAUCCAGAUUCUCCACAGGAGAUACCUGCUCAAAAUCUGUCGGCCAAAGAGCUUGUUAAUAUUGCAACCUCACUCUUCGCUGAAGGUAAAAAAGAUGUGGCUCUUCAACUGAUGCGCCUUGCUCUUGCCAAGGAUCCUGAUUAUGCCAGAGCUUUGAUGCAUGGACAAUUGCAAAAUGGUUUCUCAUCAAAAGCCACUGAAAUCUUGAAGAGUUGUAUUUCUGAACUGCUCAUAAAUAGGCACCCUGCAGAAGUUGAAGAUGUCGAUCAUUUGAUCCUAUCAUCCCAAUGGGCAGGUGUGACUUGUAUAUGCGAGGGGAAGUAUGAAGAGGGCAUUGCACACCUCGAGAAAGUAGCUCUGAUGAAGGAGCCAGAGGAUCCAAGGACAAAAUCACAUUACUAUGACGCAUUGGUAUUAUUCUCAAGUGCCUUAUACAUUGUGGGCCGGAAAGCUGAAGCUGCCAAGUAUUUGCACAUAGUCAGUGCUUAUGAUCCUUCUUGUAUUGAUUUAUUUAAGCAAUAUGAAACUGAUGUAACUUCUCAAGAACCAAGUGAAAAUGAAUUUGUCAAAGACCUUGACAACAGCCGUAGAGCAGAUUAGUUGAUUCUUCACUAAUCAGACGGGAAUAUAGUUUUGGUCAUUCUUGAUUACCGAAUAAUAAGUAAAAGUGUCACUCUCUGAG